ACGGAGUACAGAGAGGGGGUAAAAGAGAGAGAGAGAGAGAGAGAGAGAGAAGAGAAGAGAGGGGGAGCAGGAUAGAGAAAGAACAAAAAGGACUUCACAUGAGAUGAGCAAGUGAACUGCUGUGCUGUAUUCUCAAGUGUGUGGCUUUGUCUUGUUGAAUGAGCGGGAGGAGACGUGAAGAAGCUGCUGUAUCUCCGCGUUGGUAUUGAGUACGAGUGAGCCGAGCAUGUGGCGGACUGUGUUGCUGGUGUGUGUGAGUGCUACGCUGGUGCAGUGCCAGUUUCCCAGGGAGUGUGUGACUCCAGAAGGACUGCGGAGUGGCCGGUGCUGUCCCUCUCCUCCAGGAAGCAGCGAUGACCCGUGUGGGGUCAACCAGGGUAGGGGUGCGUGUGUGCCUAUCGCAGCUGACCGCCGCCCUCACGGUCCGCAGUACCCCCACGAUGGGCGCGAUGACCGGGAACGCUGGCCACUACGCUUCUUCAACCAGACCUGUCAGUGUGCCGGAAACUUCUCUGGCCACCACUGUGGACGCUGCCGACAUGGUCUGAGUGGACCCAACUGUGACCAGCGUGUGACCGUGGUGCGCCGUAACGUGAUGCAGAUGAGCGCUGCUGAAAAGCAGGCGUUUAUCAACGCACUGGACAUGGCCAAGCGCACCGUCCACCCUGACCUGGUCAUCUGCACGCGCCGCUACCAGGACAUCUAUGGGCCGGACGGCAACACGCCCCAGUUUGAGAACAUCACCAUCUACAACUACUUUGUGUGGACACACUUCUUCUCGGUCAAGAAGACCUUCAUGGGGGCAGGGCAGCCCAGCUUUGGGGGAGUGGACUUCUCCCACGAGGGCCCGGGAUUCGUCACCUGGCACAGAUAUCACCUGCUGCACCUGGAGAGAGACAUGCAGGAAAUGCUUCAGGACCCAACAUUUGCCCUGCCCUACUGGAACUUUGCCAUUGGCGGUAGUGAGUGUGACAUCUGCACUGAUGACCUGAUGGGUGCGCGCAGCAGCUUUGAGUCUGCAGGCCUCAGCCCCAACUCUGUCUUCUCCCAGUGGAGGGUCAUCUGUGAGGGGGUGGACGACUACGACACCUUGGGCACCAUUUGCAACAGCACUGAGACCAGCCCCAUCCAGAGGAACCCUGCAGGCAACGUGGCGCGGCCCAUGGUGCAGCGUCUGCCCCAGCCUCAGGACGUGGUGGACUGCCUGGAGCUCAACGCCUUCGACACACCACCCUACUACUCCACCUCCUCCCAGAGCUUCAGGAACACCAUAGAGGGCUACAGUGCCCCUCAGGGCGGUUAUGAUCCUGUGGUGCGUAGUCUCCAUAAUCUGGCGCACCUGUUCUUGAACGGCACCGGAGGCCAGACGCACCUGUCCCCCAACGACCCCAUCUUCGUGCUGCUGCACACCUUCACGGACGCCAUCUUCGACGAGUGGCUGAGACGACACAGCCCAGGUGAGGUGGUGUACCCAGAAGAGAAUGCUCCCAUUGGACACAACCGCCAGUUCAACAUGGUUCCCUUCUGGCCACCGGUGACCAACGCCGAGAUGUUUGUGGCAGCUCCAGACAACCUGGGAUACACCUAUGAGGUCCAGUGGCCCACUCGCCCCUACACGCUGUCUGAGAUCAUCACCAUCGGGAUCGUGGCGGCCGUGCUGGUGGUGGCCGUGCUGGGCGCCGUGAUCGCGUGUGCGGUGCGAGCGCGCUCCUACAGCUCCGAGGGCCUGGAGCCACUGCUGGGGGAACAGUUCCGCCGCUACUCGGAGGACGAGAGACGAGUGGAUAAGAUCCAGUCAGUGGUCUGAGGGGGUCUGGGAGGGUGUCUGGGAGGGUGUCUGUGUUCUGCUUUUUUAAUUAUUAUUCCUAAACUCCCUCUGGGGAAAUAAAGUUAUACUGGU